AUGGACCUUUCUGCCUACACCACCCAGAGCCCUGCCCACAACGAGUACCGCAGUGACACCUUCACCACUCCCACAGUGGCGAUGGUCCAGUCGCUUGCGCAAUCCUCUUUGGGAGACGCAGUCUACAAUGAGGACUCCUCUACCGCCCAGUUGGAGCAAAAAGUCGCCCAAUUAGCAGGCAAACCUGCUGGCUUGUACUGUGUGAGUGGCACUCUCUCCAACCAGAUCGCCAUUCGCUCCAACUUGUUUCAGCCACCCCAUUCCGUGUUGUGUGACCAUCGUGCCCACGUCUUCAGCAACGAGGCAGGUGGAUUGGCCACGCUAUCCCAGGCCAUGGUCCACGCCAUCAUUCCUAGCAACGGGAGGUACCUCACGUUGGAGGACGAUAUUUUCCCCAAUUUUGUGCCUGACGAUGGCGAAAUCCACGGUGCUCCCACCAAGGUGAUCUCGUUGGAAAACACUCUCCAUGGGAUGAUCUUCCCCGUAGAAGAGAUCGCCAAGAUCUCAACAUUCUGCAAGGAAAACGAUGUCAAGCUCCACUUGGACGGAGCAAGGUUGUGGAACGCUUCGGUGGCCACGGGAGUUUCGCUCAAGGAGUACUGCUCUUACUUCGACAGCGUAUCGCUUUGCCUCUCCAAGAGCUUGGGGGCUCCCAUCGGCUCGGUGUUGGUGGGGGACCAGAAGUUUAUCACCAAGGCAAACCACUUCAAAAAGCAGAACGGAGGAGGUAUCAGACAGAGUGGGUUAUUGGCAUGCAUGGCAGUGGUUGCCAUCGACGAAAACCUUCCCCAGCUCGCCAAAACCCAUCUGAGAGCUCAGGAAUUGGGGGAGUGGUGUCAACAACACAACUUGCACUUGUUGCAUCCGGUGGAAACCAACUUCGUCUUCAUCGAUUUCCGCCAGAACAAGAUGGACCCGCAGUUGUUCACUAAUUUGGCAGAAAAAUACGGCGUCAAGGCUAGUCCUGCCCGUAUUGCGUUCCACUUCCAGCAAAGCGAAGAAAGCUUCGAAACAAUCAAGAAAAUUGUCAAAGAAGUGUACGAACAUUCGUUGACAAAUCCCCACGAAGGCGCAGGAUCGUUGGGGUACUACUAG